AUGUUGCCUGGCAAGAUCUGCUCGGUGUUUGCCUGUCUUUUGCCGGCUUGGCUUUGUGCACCCCCGGUUGCGGCGUCGACGUACGGAUCGACACUCAUUCUACAGAUUCCGGUCAAAGCCUCCGUCUCAAUCCCUAGCGAAUCAGCCUGGACGGGCCUGGUCAAUACGUACAAGCAGAGUGCUGGCGUGUUGGGGGUAUCUUACGCACGGGAGAGCAGCGACGAGAACACCAUCGACCUGUUUAUUGACCUUGACGAUUCCUCCGCGGCGCAGAAAGUGACACAAAUCAUCAGCUCCUCGACGGUCUCGUCAUUCCUGUCGCGCCUGCAAGACGGCUCGAUCACCCAAUACAACGUGGCCUUCGACCAGGCGCAGCCCCUCAAGACGCUGAACGGAGUCGCAAACACGGAACUAGCGGUCUUCUACCUCCUGCCCGGUGCCACGAGUCAGCAGAAGACGGACUUCGAGUCGGCGUUCGGAACACUCAAAUCAGCCGUCGAGUCGGCGUCGGGGGAACUCUACGCCACUAGCGGCUGGCACCGCGGCACGGUCACCAAUCCCUCGCUUGGCAUCGACGUCGCCACGUAUCUCGCCCUCGUGGGCUGGGAGUCGCUCGCGGCCCACGAAGCCUUCUCGACCACGGAGGCCUUUGGCGUCGCCAUCACCGGGCUGGUGCCAUUUCUGAGUGGGAAUUUCGACUCGGACGCGAAGUUAACGAAGCUGUUGUAA